UGAAGCCGGUUUAGGUGGCUAGUCAGAAUAUAGGAACACUUCCAGUUUCACUGUGUUGGGUGAAACAUUUAUCUUCUUUGUCCACUGAAGAAACUCUAUACUGAAGAAAACCACUGAAGAAACAGCUACAGAAGUUUCCAAAUAUGUUCAAAUCCAAAACUUACGCGAAGAAAGGCAAAGGUCGAUUCGCCCGGACAGUCCCUAUCAAACAUGCAGACCUUACAGUUUGCAUCUUACCAGCACCCACAACUGUAACCCCAAAAGCUACUGAUGAACUGGAGCUGAGUCAAGCAGGGCUUCGAAAAAAAGUUGUGUCUGUUUUAGAGGACUGCAAACAUGAAGAUAUAGUCACAAUUAUGGAGGAAGAAUUCUCCAAACUCCACCAGAUUCAAGGCAGGUGGAUGCUCUACAAAGCAACUGGAGGAAGUGGCCAAAGAAAAUUAUCUUUAAUCUCAAUGGAAUCGGAGGGUUACUCCGGCCGGCAACUUCGAUCUGUCUCAAACAGUGGCAAAAAUGUUAUUUUUCUGGUGCCUCUUCAAGAGGAAUUGGAUACCCAGCCUCUUCCCUACAAUUCAGCUGAAUUUGCAAAGAUGCCAAAGGUGCCCUGUGUCACCUGUAAUACUACCAUGCCACUGCAAUUGUUGGCACUACAUGCUGAGGAGUGCAAACUGAAUUCAAAUGAGAAGACUGAUGUGGUCAUUGUGGAGGACGAAAAUGAACAUUGCAAUAUAGAGGAAAACGUUACAAACACUCCUGACAGAGAAGUAUCUGAAGACAGUCUUGGAAGAUGUGCCCUAUAUGCCAAAACGAGUUGCCAUUGUCAAUUCUACCUUAUCAUGGAAGCUUAUGUGCUGAGAGAUCAUUCCGUAAUGACACAUUGUUGGAAGAUUACUUAGACCAACCAGGGCCAUCAUCUAUGUCUCAUACACCUCAGCUCAGCUCAUCUUCAGAACCAUCAACAGAAGUUUGGAAAACUGUGGAAAACCCUCAGGAGGCUAUCAGACUCUUCUUUGAGCGACUGCGUGAAGGAGGUAAAAGGCACCCAUCACUUUUGUUGUCACUAGAUGCUACAGACACUGAUGAA